AUGCCUCCACGACUGACAAGUCAGAUUAAUUCCAUUCAUGGUGUUCGACUGGCAGGGGAGCCGUCCACCUGGGAUAUCCAAAUUGAAUACCCUACAGACUCUCCACAGGGCACAGUCACUGCUGUGACCCCUCAUGAACCUUCUACUAAGGAUGAUUUCGAGUCUCCUCUAGCCCUACCAGCCUUGACACACCCUCAUAUUCACCUCGAUAAAGCCUUUAUCCACAGCGCACCUGAAUAUGCCGCAUUUCUACCUACAGCCGGGACGUUUCAGGAGGCUUUGUCCUCCACGACCAAGGCCAAACAACAAUUCAGCCAUUCUGAUCUCAUUAGAAGAGGAGAGUGGCUUCUUGCUGAGUCCGUUGCAUCAGGUGUCACUGCAAUGCGAGCAUUUGUGGAGGUAGACCAUACAGUUCAGCUGAUCUGUUUAGAAGCUGCUAUUGCGUUGAAAACUCAAUGGCAAGACUCUUGUGAUAUCCAAAUCGUCUGCUUUGCGCAAGAUCCUAUAUUCUCCGGCGAAUAUGGAGAACAAAACAUGGACUUCCUAGAAAUUGCUCUAAAUAAAUACUCGCAAAUCGAUGUUAUUGGGACAACACCAUACGUCGAAUCCAGUCCCGAGGCUGCAAAGCAAAACAUCGAAUGGGCGAUUGAUCGCGCCUUGAAGCUGAACAAACACCUCGACUUCCAUCUCGAUUACAACCUCGAUUCAAACAAAGAGGCUCUAGUUUGGCAUGUCUUACAGACCCUCAAACAACGAAGUUGGACUACACACUCAACAGACAAGCGCGUCAUGCUUGGUCAUUGUUCACGACUGACACUGCUCACGGAGAACGAAUGGACCCGACUGGCAACUGAAAUCCACGAAAAUGAACUCCCAGUCAGCUUUGUGGGUCUUCCAACAAGCGAUAUGUACAUGGCAUCACCUCCCACAAAUGCGGACUGCAAAUCCCCGCAAGAUCGCCCGAGAGGCACUCUACAAGUCCUAGAGAUGAUCCAGAAAUACAACCUGGAUGCAGUGAUCGGGGUAAACAAUGUCGGCAAUUCAUUUACACCCUGGGGAUUGCCCGAUCCAUUAUCGUUGGCCUGUCUCGGUGUGGGAAUCUAUCAGGCUGGAAGUCAGGCUGACGCUGAACUACUCUAUGAAUGUGUCUCGACACGAGCCAGGGCGGCUAUUGGGCUCUCGCCCUCUCAUUCGGAGUUAUGUAUAAAGCAGGGGUGCCGACCGGACUUGUUGUUGGUUCAUAAUAGAGAUGACACUGGGUGUGGUGUGUCUCGGCCGAGGACAAAUGUUGCGGAAGUUGUGUGGACUCCGCCGGGAAAAUUGAAUAGGGAUGUGGUUUCUGGUGGACGACUUAAAGUUUCGCCUUUUGCUGUUGCGGAUUCAGACGCUCUGUAUCAAUUUUGA